AUGGAGCCCCCUCUCACCGCCACGCCGCACACCAAAAUGCGGGCUUCUUGCAGUGAAAAAUCACGAGCAGAGACGCCUCCGCGGCUGUACGUACGCAAGCAGAAUAGGCCCCGCGCCGCAUGGUUCGACUUCUUGUGCCGCGUCGACAUCCUCUGGGCCAUCCUCUUCUUCGCCCUCCUCGCCAUUGUCGGUACCUGCAGCUCCGUCGUCACACAGGCAAUCGUCUCCGCCGCGGUGCUCGAAUCGUGGCGCACCGUGCACAACCUUCACGCAGACGUCAUCAGAAAGCGGCUGGAUCACCAGAUAAGUGCCGCCUACAACAUGGCCGCCGACAUGCUCCUACUGCAGGCGCGCUACCUAUUUCAAAUGCAGUCCGAAGACACUCUCGCAACACUCUGCUCCAUCCUCGCGGGGUACGACGAGGACAUGCUCCUCGCCGCAUUAUCCUUAGUCUCUCUCGAGCUCCGUGAGACGGUCACCUGCAUGCACGGACUCACGGACGGCGCGUUGACGGACAGCCUCUCCGGGUAUGUAUCCUACAACCACACCGUCAACGCCACCAACUACGUCGACAAGGCUACCUAUCGCUUCCAGCGUCCGCUGCGCAUGGCGAUGGAGUGGCCACUUGAAGCACGCAACAUCUCGAGCGCUAUAGACGAGAACAUGAACGCCGUCCCCAUCUUCGCGCUCGUCAACGAGCUCGCGGCCGGCCGCAACUCCGACAUCGACAUUCGAAACGCGUGGCGUGUGAACCCUAUUCUUCCGCACCUCAUGGAGCUCAACGCACCAGUGGGCAUGGUGUACGGGGGCCCCACCAUGUCGUUGACCACCCCCAUCACCGACUACGCUCUCCUGCGCAUCAACGGUUCGAGGCUUCUACGCGAGCCCGACGGCAUGCACCACAUUGGUGCCCGUAUCGCACUCUUCGUUAACCAAACCCUCACCGACGGCGACCCCGCCAUUAUGUCCAACAACUGGGGCCAGCACUUGAUCAACUCCGUCAUCCACGCGCCGCUGGUCAACACCAGUGUCACCUACCUCAAGGCCAGCGAUGUCCAUGAUCCGCUCAUGCGUGCCGCACUCAAGCACGUCGAUCUCGCGGCACUGCAGAACCAGGCCAGCCGGAGCACUGUUGACUUCCAGCACAACGGCGCACCCGCGAUGGUCACCGCGUGGGCUUACACAACGUCCAAGGGCCUUUCCCUGCCUCUCGUCUACGCCAGCGUGCAGGAGAACAUCACCGUGCCGCAUACGCUCAUCCACGAUAUGGGCAACGGCAUCAUGGUCGCCGCCGUGCUCAUCUUCAGUCUCAUUUUCUGGCGCCUCAUCCACCGCACCAUCUCGCAUCCGCUCAACGGCGUGCGAGCGAGCAUGCUUGCCAGCGUCGAGCACGGUGACCGCCAACUCUAUUAUCCUAGAGAGAGCAAUCUCGUCCGCUUCACGGAGGUCGAUGCACUCAUUCAGGCACACAAUAAGACGAUGCAGCAGCUGCGCAAUGUCGACGCCUUCAUCCCGGAGGGGCUGCGACUGCGUGUCCCGGGCGCUUCUGCCCACCAAAACAACGAUGUCCCCACGCGGCGCCUCUCAUGCCUAUUCAAUAACGGCAAGCCACCGAAAUUGAAAGGCACUCCGCUGUCCGUGCACCUCUCGACUGUCGUAUACCUCUCAGUAAGCGCUACAGCAUCUCACACCACCGACCAAUUCUUGUCGCUGCAACCACGAAGCCUCGAAGAACAAGAAUCUCGCCAGAUUCGCGGUCAGCGACUCAUCGCGGCGGCCGAGCAAACGGCGCAGGCAGCCAACACCGCCAACAGCGGCCCCUUUCCCACACCAGCCGCACUGACAGCAUUCAUCACCGCCGUGUACGAGCUGUGCCACACGCACCACGGCACGCUGCACCGCCUCUGCCCCGACGCAUGCGUGCUGCACUUCAACAGCGCGGUGCGCGCGCACCUUUCGCGUGGGCCGGGAGACGCUAGCGCGGCGGCGGCGCCCCCUGCACCCGCUCCGAGGCAUGGUGUCCCCGCUGCGCAGUCGGCACCGCAGCCGAGGCCACCGCGCGCCACGCGGCAGGAGGAGAUGAGGCGCCGCGCGGCGCAGGACGCACGCAGCGCCGCGGCCUUCGCGCUGGACCUGGUGAGCUGGACGGCCGCGCAGGGCGGCAGCGGCGAAAGCGCACAAACGGACGGCGCGUCGGCCAUGCCCGACGUGCGCGCGCUGCUGGACACGAGCAUGUUCACGUGCGGGCAGUACCGCCCCGCCGGCAGCGAGCAGACGCUGCAGGUGGCGCUUGGCCGCGACGUGCAGCGCGAUCUGGGCCGCGUGCCGCAGCGCAUCGGCGUGCGCGUGGCCAUGACGGAGGAGACGGCGACGCUGCUGCGCGCGGACGACGAUAGCGGCGGCCGGGGCCGCGGCCAUGUGGACGCUGGCGUGCGGCAGAUCCCAGUGGAUGUGCUGCGCACGGGCCGCGCGGGGCUGGACGGCGAUGUGGUGGUGCUGUACGAGGCUCUGCCCGGGCGUGUGGCCGGCGACGCGGCGUGGCAGCAGUACGCACGCUGCUGCUGCGACGGCUUCGAGCACAUGCUGCGCGGCGACUACGCUGGCGCGCUGGCCGCCUACCGCGGCGUCGCCGAGAUCGCGGACCUGGAGCCCGGGCUGCUGCCGGCGGCCAUGCGCCGCGAGGCGGCGGCCAGCGCCGUGACGGGUGGUGCCGUGUCGGUGCAGGCGGCGCGGCUGAUGCGCGAGUGUGAGCGCCGCGUGCGACUGCGGAUCACGGAGCCGCUGUGCAAGGUGCGCUUCUGUCCGCUAGGAAUCGACGCAGUCCGACGCGACUCGAAACCGCUGGGUAACGGAACCGGAGGGCGUUGCCCAGGUGCGCUGUCUCCGACUGAGGAAGAUGUUCGUAUACCUCAGAAUGUUCGUGGGAGGGAGGCGAAUCACAGUGGCUUUUCGCGGAUAUCGACGCAGCGGUUUCCGAGGGUACAGGAACGCUAUGUUUUAGCAGUGAAGGAGAGCACCAGCACCCUCCGGUGCGUGGUGCCAUCGAUGCCUUCAUGGAUGCGCGACGAGCAUGGGCUGCACUGGCAUAUUGCACGUUGUCCAAUCAACGGCGAGCUGACCCCAGAGCUCAUGUGGCAUAGGAGGGUGCUGGCCCUCGGCUCUGCUGGAGCGCUGUGCUCCGUGAACUACUUGAUAUAUCGUGAGGUGCACCCUGUGGUAGCCAAGGCUAUCAGAAACGCACCACCGGGCCCGAUGUCGGACGCACUGCGCAGCGCCACCCCCGUCUGUGGGCCCUCCUCACGCCAGGCGGCUGCGGUGCGGCGGUUGAUCAAAAGGCACCAGCAGCUGCGCCAUCCAAACCUCCUCUCCUUCCUCGGCUUCUCCGAGUCACUAGAGGGUGGCGUCGUGCUCCUCUGGGAGUUCAGCCCUGGCGGUACGCUGCGUGAACUCAUCUUCCGCUAUCCAAACGUGAAGCCGGUCACCAUCAACCGCUUCGGUCUUCAAAUUCUCACCGCUCUGUCAUAUUUACACGAGCGGGGAGUGGCCCACGGCAGCGUGCGCCUCGACAACGUGCUCGUGAGUGCAGAUGGAAAAUGCCGCUUGACUGGACACUCAGGCGACAAUGAAGCAGCAUGCGAACUCUUCCACAUGCGGCAAACGUGUUUUAUGAGCCCUCUGAUGGCCACCGGCGCGCUGCCUACUCCACAGUGCGACAUGUUCUGCAUAGGCCUAGGCGCUCUCGAGGCACUGACAAAGCAGCCGGCGUGGAAGUGGGCCACUGGCGAUGACGGGCAGCCGCUCGGGACUCCGGCAGAGCUCGCGGAGCUGAUGAAGGCUGGCGGGACGACCUUCAGCAGUGCGCUGGUGCAGGGCCGGGUCGUGGUGAACGUGGACCCGCUGAGAGGGGCAAGCGUGGCCAGCAAAUACAGCAACCGUGUCGUUGAGUCCCUCAUUCGUUGCCUCUCACUGGACCCUGCCGAACGCCCGACUGCGAUGCAGGUACGGGAGGCGAGCAAGGAAAUGCUGCUGCAGGCCGGGCUCACGUUGGAGGAGGACGAAUUGGCGGCCUCUUUUCCGCUGAUGAUGCGUGAUUGA